AUGUCCCCUGCCUCGCCCCUUUCUGAGUCUCGUCCGCCAAUAACAACCACCAUCUCGACGGCUGCCUCCACCUUUCAUCUGCACCUCAUCUCUCCUCCUCCAUCAUCAUCAUACUUCUUCUUCUUGUCCUCCCUACGAUCGUCAUUAAUAGCCCUUGUUUCAAAAACGGCGUCCUCAUCCGCCUUGGACUAUCCACACCUUCUAUCAUCGUCCGAGGCUGAAGAGAUUUCCGGCUACCGCCUCUACCGUCAUCAUUCGCCCACUUCGCUCGAGUCCGAUCGCCGCGCCUCAUCGAUCUUAUUGCCACCAUCGACGGGCCACUCCAGCCAAACCUCCCAGAAGAAGCCCUUUCUUCGACAGAAACAGUUUCAGCAACGACCGCAUUCCUUCCUAACCACCACCACCACCACCAUCCUUCGGCCUCCUGCAGUCCGGCUUGCCAAUCCGGUCAACCACGUCCCUCGCAUCACACCGGUCACAGUCCCGCAUCCGCUGCAGAUUUCCGACGAGCACCUGCCGCUCGACGGGCACCGUGACGCGUAUCCGCUCCUGACCAUCCCCGAACGUCGUCGCAGCCGACUCGCAUCAUCCCCGAAUAGCUUGACGGUAGAGCGCAGCCAGGGGGAGACUGAGAGUGGGCGCUCCAGCAUCGCAGUCCCUCGAGGGCAGAGGCGCAGUGGUACCUUUGACCGACACCUGGCUCUGAGGGAAAUGUCCGAACCGGCGGGAGAUAACAACAAUGCUUCGCACGAGGGAAAAGAUCUCCGGCCGCCGGAGCGAGCCCAUGUAGCCCGGGAUGCGUUCGUUGAACGACCGGGACCGUUGCCCGAGGACCAUCCGCGCCAUGUCCAGUCCCAGGUCUCUCUGCGAUCGCACUCCCAGAUCGCGUCAGUCCCGUCGAAUUCUGGUGGGCCGCCCGCAGGUGGGGAGGCCGAAGUUGCGGAGGAGCUGGCUUGGGGCCCAGCCCACCCGUGUUACCCUCACCUGAACCCGCAUGUGCCCAUUGGAUCGCGGGAGUAUCUAACCACACGCAUUAUUCGAAUACGACGCGACUGGAUGGUCAAGGGCGAUCUGGCGCCAACCUUUUCGAAUCUGUACCCGGAGAUCCUAGAUCCGUUAUUGCCGGAGCAGGAAUUCCGUCGCAUCAUCGCGACGGUCAACGAGGAGCUCACCAAGGCAUUUAAUCCGUUCAGCUUCCGCAACCUGGUUGAUGGCGCGUUGGGCCUGGUCACGGGCUGGUUAUGGGAAGAUUUCGGUGCACCGGGCAUCAAAAGUCACCUGCAACGGAUUGAGAUGUGGCUAGACAACUGGAACCGUGAAGUCGGGGCCAAGGAUGGGGUAUACAUUUGGAGCCUACGACGGACAGCUUACAUGUCCCUAGACAUCCAAAUCCCUGAUCCGAAAGUCGGUAUCAUCCCAAGCGAGGGUGCAUCACUGCCAGGAACCAGGCCAAGUAGCGGCGCCGGACAUGGGUUCUGA